AGCAGAGCCGACGUCACCCACCCCUUGGUCCUUGGCAUCGAUGGGACAACUGGCGGACUGUGUCGUCUAGUGGAGGCCAUGCUGGGAAUAGAGUUUCAGAAGCCCGAGGUCACGACGGUGAUUCGGUGGUUGUUGCGCUUCAUCUUGGUGCUUUUCCUGGCUUGGCUUGUUCGCCAGCGCGCAGAACAGGAGGAGGAAGAAUGCGAAGAAACCGAGUCCGACGUGGCAGACGCCAGAGCCAGGUCCAAUGGACUUAGGUCCCGUGGCUCCACACGCCCGACGACGCGACUGCAGCCGCGCCGUGACACGUACAACACUUCAGCUCGGCAAAGAAAGGGCGUCUCCAGCAACGAGUCUCCCGAUCUUGAUGCGAUCAUCGAGAAGGUGUCCAAGCCCAAGGAAAUGUGGCAGCCGCGACGCAGCGGCGAGCCUCUCCUCCUCAAGAAGCAGGAUGAAGCAGAUGGGACCGAACGAGAACGUGUGGCGGCCUCUGCCAGCAAGCCAGCGCGUGAUGCUCAAAAUGGCAUGACCUUGCAUGGCCACGAACGACCGGUGACCUUUAUUGGCUUCAAUGCUGAGAGCAACUUGCUCUUCUCCUGCGGCAAGGACAAGAUUGUUUGCGUUUGGAGCUUUCCUGCUGGUGAACUUCUUGGAAGCUACAAGGGGCACAAUGGCGCCGUCUGGUGCUGUAGUGCCACCUUUGACUCCAGGUGGCUCGUGACCUGCGGCGCCGAUCGUCUCGUGAUCGUGUGGGAAGCACGAACCUCGAGGGAGCUCGCCCGGGUGGAGCUGCCGGGCGUCGUGCGCUGUGUGGAGUGGGCUGGCGCAGUUGCUGGUGUGAACGCUUCCGAUGUCAGCGAACGCUUCGUGACCUGCCACAAUCGCUUCGGAGCACAUCCACCCGCCCUGACGGUCUGGCGUUUCGAUGGCAAGGCGAUCCAGGAGCUGAUUGUGGUGCCCAAGCUGCCCUCGGCCGCCAAUCAGGUCAGAUGGGGCAGAGCAAAUUACUUCAUUGCCAGCGCGCACGACAGCGGUGAGCUGAUCUUUUGGCGCGCCGACACGGGUGCAGAGGUGAAACGCCUCAAGGCGCAUGACGCUGGCAUUUCAAAGUUCGACUUCAAUGAUGAUCGCGAGCUGGUGGCAACUGUCUCACAUGACAUGAGCGUGUGCGUUUGGGAUGUUGGCAAAGGUGUAGAGUGGAAGCUUUUGUACAAAGCACAGACUGAUCGGCCGCUCAACGCAGUGGCCUUGGGACCCAUCUCUCGCUCGGCCGCCGUGGGCGCCAUCGAAGACCGGCCUCGAGAAGUCUGUGUCAUUGCAGCGGGUGGCCAGGACGUCCGCGACGUUGCCCGCAGCAGCAGUGCCACCGAGCAGUUUGGAACUCUUCUCUUCCGCUUGGGAACGUCCAAAGUGCCCGGGCAGCUGCAGGGCGACGGUGUCACCAACAAGGGCCACUUCGGUCCGGUGCAUACGCUGGCCUUUGCGAGCAACGGGACGGCCAUGGCUUCUGGCUCUGAGGAUGGCUUUGUGCGUGUGCACGUUUUUGAGAAGGAAGCAGAGUCCAAAUCCUGAGAGGAGCCGCUUGUGUUUCCUCAGUCAUUUUGUUGGAUAGUGAAUCUCGGCGCAACUGAAAGCAGGUGCCGCCAAUCCACCUAGUCUUCAUUAGGCCAACUUGUUGCGCAUCAAUCAGGUGUGCUUUCUUUGAACUAUACAAGCCGUGUUUCCGCCAUGGUGCGAUUUGCACCUGCAAAAAGUGCUUGCAAAAAGAUCUAAGUGCUGGGCCUAAAGGGUCGGGAAUCGGAUUAUUUGGGUUUAGCCUCCCGUGAAAAGAGCUUCCUCCAAAAUGGGAGGCUUCUUUUCAGAGCUUGGGACAUGUCCGUUUUGGACUGAACAAGACAAAUCCCUGUAAAGACC